AUGACGAGAAAAUACCUAAAACAGAACCAUUCUACAAAUCCUUUGAUGCCUCCGGCUUCCGACCUUUUUCGGGCGAAUCCUAGUGCUUUGGAGGAAGAAACAAAUGCCGACUCAAACCCUUUCAGUCCUGCGACCGAGAUAAAACACGAGGUAGACUCUGUGCGCGUUCGUUUACCCCCAUUUUGGUCUGCCAACCCGGCGACCUGGUUCAUUCAGGCGGAAGCGCAAUUUACGGUUUAUAGAAUAACCAGUAGUGAUACCAAAUACUGUCUAACUGUGUCUGCAUUACCUCCAGAUACUCUAGAUUCCGUGAUCGAUAUUUUAAAUAAUCCACCAAGUUCGCAGCCAUAUGAAACUCUAAAAGGGGCUCUCAUAGAAAGACAUUCACUCUCCGAAAUUAAAAAAUUGGAAUCUCUCCUGGAUCGAGAAGAUAUCGGUGAUCGUAGGCCAUCCGAAGUCUUUAGGUCCAUGCGGAUGCUAGCAUGUAGCUCAUUUAAUGAAAGUAUUAUCAGAAACUUGUGGCUUCGUCGUUUACCGCGCAACAUUUACAUCACCUUACUGGCCGUGUGUGAUAAGCCUAUGAAUGAGCUCACUUCUUUAGCAGAUAAAAUAUAUGAGGCUUCUCAAUCCGCGCUUUUAAAUGCAGUUUCGAAAACGAACAACGCGAAUAUAUGCGCUAGCUCUCCAGUUUCGGGUAAACUCACCGACACUUCGUCUAAUUUUGAAAACCAAUUCGGAAUUCCAGUCGAAAUAGGUCCGCCUCUAGACAACCCAUGUGUUGGUACCACAAAAAAUACGGGCGUGACGCGUUGA